AUGUUGAUCAAAGAAAUUCCCACUACCCCAUCAUCUCCCAGAACAGGCGCCGACGGUGGCAACCGGGAAACUUCAUCCCGGGUUCGUCAAGAAAAUCCUAAUCCCUCUACACCGACCACCGCUCCCCUGCUAACCAGCACAGUCACCCCACACCCAGAAGUAGAUGAGGAGACCUUACGGCAUCUCGACAAGAUCCUCAGAAGUAUACCCCGCGAGUUGGACGAUGCAGCAGCAUAUGCAGAACUCAAAUCUACACUUGGGAUUUCCCGACCUAAAGCUAAAGCUUCGUCCUCUAAGACAAAAAUCCUUCCUAGUUCUCCCACAUCACCUCCACCAUCUACCGUCCAACCUUCGCCACCAUCUCCUCCCAAAGCCACAUCUCCUGUUCAAACUUUACCCCUGUCCCCUCUUCCUAGCCCUCCUAUAUCACCUUCACCUACGAUCAACCUUCCUAGCUCUCCUACAUCACCCCCACCAUCCCCCGUCCAACCUUCACCUUCAUCCCCGACCCAGCCGCAGUGA